AUGCCCGCAGUCAAGCCCGAGCCCCACAACGCCCCCAGUGAACUCUACCGUGCCGAAGUCGAGUUCAUCACAUCGGCCGAAUGGUUCAAGGAGUUACAAGACCUCUACAGCGAUCUCCUUGACGAAAACGCUGUUUACCCCCGUCUCGUUAAGGAGACCAUGCCCAGGCAUAACCCCGUGGGGCUCGUGAACCAGCCAUCAGUCCGCAGUGUGUUGGGCACGACAAGGAAGCUUCAAGCCACCACAGCUGGCAGUGUCUACCGCCAAUUGCAGUCGUACGUCGACAGCAAGGAGAAAAAUACGGACAAAUCGAUUGAGUACUGGACUUUGAUUAAGGUUGUCCGCAUCUACACCAAGGCCUCUGUCCUUUCCACAGGAGUGUGCCUCGUCGAUCUUCCCGGUGUCCAGGAUUCGAACGCAGCAAGAGCGGCGGUUGCUGCAAAUUAUAUGAAGGCUUGUACCGGUCUUUGGAUUGUGGCACCCAUCACCCGUGCUGUAGAUGACAAAACGGGAAAGUCUCUGCUUGGCGACAGUUUCAAACGCCAACUGAAAUAUGACGGUGCUUAUUCAGCUGUCACUUUCAUCUGCUCCAAGACCGAUGAUAUCUCAGUUAUCGAGGCAAUGGAGAGUCUUAAUCUUGAAGAUCGUGUCUCCGAACACGAAGCACAGAUCCGAAGUAAAGAAGACGAUAUCAAGAAGCUUAAGAAGAAGGUCGUCGAUCUCAAAGAUCAGAUAGGUGCCUGUGAGGAUAUUCGCGACCAUCUUGACGAAGAAGUGGACAAGUGGGAGGUGCUUUUGGACAAAUUCGAUAAGGGAGAGCAGCGCCGUGGCGGAGCACGGGGAAGCCGCAAACGACGCAACAACAAUUCCACUGACAGUGACACUGGCAGUGGCACUGGCAGUGACAGCGGCAGCGAUGGUGAGGACUCGGAUGCCGAAAGGAGCGACUCCAGCGACAAGGAAAACUCUGACCCCAAGGUUGGCGGAGAGAAGAAGCCGUUGACGAAAGAGGACAUCGAGAGCAAGAUUUACUCUCUGAGAGAUGAAAAGAAGAAGGCCCGUGCUGAGGUCAAGGCUAUCUGCAUCCAAGGCCGAAAUAACUAUUCGCGGACGGCGAUCAAGAAAGACUUCGCGAUGGGGAUCAAAGAGCUGGAUCAAGAAACGGCAAUUGAAGAAGACGAGGAGAACUUCGACUCAGAUGUCGACUUGAGAAACUAUGAUGAAGUUGCGGAGACCCUUCCAGUUUUCUGUGUCAGCAGCCGUGCAUUCCAGAAGCUCAGUGGGAAAAUGGUGAGGGACAAGUUCAACAGCGCUGGGUUCCGGUCACUUGAGGAAGCUGAGAUUCCUCAACUUCAGGCACACGCUCAGAAACUGACAGAAAAUGGUCGUGCUGUUAACUGCAGACGCUUCCUUGCUGACCUUUCUGAUUCUCAACUCGAUGAGUAUGAACUGAAUGAUGUGGUAAAGGAAACCUUGAACAAUCUCAAGGAGGCGCUUGCGGAGAACAUCUAUGAGAUCCUCGACAAGUAUCUUCCAGAGAAAGCGGUACCCACCGCCUCGGGUUGGGGCGCACACAGAGAUGCAGGUGGGUUGUUUUGGGCAACGUACAAAGCCACCUGUCGCCGAAACGGUGUGUACUCUGGUGCUUCAGGUCCUCGAGACUUUAACGCGGAGCUCAUUGAACCGAUCUACACACCGCUGAGUACUGCUUGGGAGCGGACCUUCCAGCGCCGCCUUCCUGGCGUCCUGAAGGACCACGCCAAAUCCACCAAAUUGUUGCUCGAGACCUUUCACAGGGAGGCAACAAUGCGAAGUCAACAACGUGGAAAUAAUCCCCAAGGCAUCAACAUGCUGGCGCUGCAACUUCAAGCGCAUGGCCAGAAGGUCUCGGAGCUGCCGGAUACACUUAAUGCCAUUGUCCAAGACCUACAGCGCGAUGCGAACCGCACCUUCACGCCCGAGAUUCAGACUCAGAUGGAGAGAGCGUAUGUGGGCUGUGUUGACGAAAGAAGUAUGUCACUAUUCACCGGUCCGGGAUCUUGCAAGCGCAUGAAGGACAUAAUGGUUGGUCACGUUGGAGCCCACCGUAUGACGAUGUUCCAGGCUGCCACUCGCGUUGUACAAGAUCAGCUUGAUCUUAUGUGCAGGGAGAUCAAGAAGCGACUUCAAGAUGAGGCUGAAGAUCUCCACGACAUACUGAGCCAAGAUUAUUUGGCCACCCUGAUCGGUGCUGAGGUUGCGGGCCGUAAAGGGCUCCCGCGAGUUGAGCGUGCACUUCGAGCAGAGAUGGUGCCAUUGCUGCAAAAGACUGAUCCUGUGUUUGCGCCUGUUGUCGGGGGCGAACCUGAAGAGCCCGAGAAGGUGGAAGAACCGGAGCAGGAGGAGAAGAGGGCUGCUAGCGAGGGCCUUUUUGUCGCUCCGGACGCCGCGGCCAACGAAGCUGACUCCUUUAUGAUGGACACUUCGAUGGCUGAUGCAUCAAUGGUAGAUGCCCCUCCGCCGUCUUCCGCGCCAACUGCAACCUCUACCAUUAAAGCUGAGCCCGUCGAGCCGGCUCCUGCGGUCACUAAUGAUCAUAAUGCACCGGUUCAACCAGCUGUUGCUGCUCCUCAAGCUGCUACUCCACCCAAACCUCUGCAAGCUGGCACUGCUGCGCCUGAGGCAGCCCAGGUAUUUGGUGUUGCUCAUGAGCGCACUCGAGCUGCUACAGCUGGCCUCGAGGCUGUUGGAACUGCUAAUGGUGUUCCUCGGCCUCCGCGAGCUGCUACUGAUGGUCCCGAUCCUAUCUCUAACAUCAAGCGGGAGCCAUUGGAAGAUCGUGACUUGUUCACCAGCUUCUGCAGUGAGCGCAAUCCCAACUCUGACGACGAGGAAGAGGGAUCCACCGCGACAGAGGGCAAGGAUGACGAGGGUGAUGAUGAUGCUGAAUCGUCAUCAGAUGAGGACAGCUCCCGGGCCCCAAGUGUCGACGUGGACCUUGUGAAACCAGAGCCCACCGAUCAAUGA